GUCAGUUAUUAAAGUAUAUUUGAACAGGCAUCACAAUCUUAUAGAAUGAAGAGCAAAUAUUUCUUAUCAAUACUUUUAGUCGCUGCUUCUUUAAAAGGAAGUAAUGCGGGAUUUUUUUCAUAUUUUAAAGAUUGGUGGAAAAGUUUCGGUGGUGUAGAUGAAAAUGUCAAAGUUUUGUUCUCUCCAAAUCUCUACACAGCAUACAGUUACAAGUUGAGUGAUAUGGCUGAAAUUGUCCAUAAUCCACAGUUUGAUCGAAAGCUUCCAACAGUCGUUUAUAUUCAUGGAUUUCUUGGUGAUGGUGAAUUUGAUUUCAGUGUAAUGGCAGUUAGAAGUGCUUAUCGAAAGAAAAAAAAUCAGAAUUUUAUUGCUGUUGACUGGAGUGCAUAUUCACGUUUCGUAUUUGGAGUUCCUUAUUUUAGUAACGUUAAAAAAUUACAGCAGAUUUGCGAGGAUAUUGCGGGACAACUAGAACUGAUUCGUACUCAAGGCUGUUCAUGCUAUAAAAAUAUCUAUAUUGUUGGUCAUUCACUCGGUGGGCAAUGUGCUGGUUUAAUUGGAAGACAUUUAAGGAAGAUUUCAAAUAAUAAUUUUGUCAUUCCAAAAAUUUAUGCCUUAGAUCCAGCUGGACCUGAUUUUGAGGAUUAUAAAUUACAAUCAACAUUUGGAUGUAUUUCAAGGAAUGAUGCAGAUUACGUUCAAAUUAUUCACGCAAAUGGACAUAGGUAUGGAAUGGUAAAUAGCGUUGGGCAUGCUGAUUUUUAUCCAAAUGGUGGAAUGAGUCAACCUGGAUGCAGUGAUGAUGUCUGCAGUCAUACAUUUGCAUGGAUUUUCUACCAACAAAGUGUGAGAGAAGAAGCUGGAUUUUUAGCACGUAAAUGUGAUUCUUAUGAUAACUUUGAAAAAGGAAAUUGUGACUCAAAUGAAAUUGCAUACAUGGGAUACUCAAGUAAUGGAACUCGUCCAAUAGGAACUUAUUUCUUAAGAACGCAUCCCAGCAAAUUCGGAACAGCUUUAAGAUCUGAAGGACUUAAAAGCACAAAAUCAUACUUGAUAUUAGAAGAUGGAACAAAAACUGCUAAUCCCGGAGAUUUUGGUUUUAUGGCAUCAAAUCGUAGACUAGUUAACCCAGACAUAGGACUUUUUGGCAAAGAAUUGCCUCUUAAAAAAUAUAAUGAAGUUCUUCGUGCUCAUCAUCAUCAUCAUUCGCAACAUAAAAACAUAAUUCGACCUGAUCUUUAAAACUUCUUUUUAAGGCCAACUAAAGAACUGCGCUAUUCAGUUUUGGAAAUUAUUAAUAAAUUUAUAUAAUAAAAAUAGCUACAUGAUGUUACUACGUAACAAAUAAAAGCCUCAAGAAAAAAAUGUUAAUCCUCACAAACGUUCUUUUAAAUACGUUAAGCAUAAAUCACAAAAUACAUAAUUUUAUGCUUACUUUACCGUCUUAGGUAUCGUAAACCUCGUUGAAAUUACCAGCAUGUCAAAAAAUUUAUUAUCAUUAUAUUCAUAAGCAUAAGUAAACGUGUGAUGUGAUGUCGGUAUUAUUAUGAUUAUUAUGAUCAUC